AUGACAUUGAUGCUCCGGUCGACGGGAAUACUCGAGAAAUACGUGUCCCUGCUCUUGCUGCCUUACGCUCUCUACUGCCACCAGCGAAAUCACAAGUCCCUUCUCCCUCAGCUUGUCCGGCCCAGCUCGCAUCCUUCGCGGGACAAGAGACGUCUCGCUGAGCUCGUCCUUGAGACGCUCAUCCACCUUGGAGCUAACCCUCUUCUACGCCUGCCCCCUCCCCCUCCCCCCACCCCAUCCUCUGUACCCCGCCUCCCUGUCGACGCCGCCGCCCGCAGUCGACGGGGGUGCCCGAAACGCAUCCACAGAUACGGCCACCGGCCGACAGUCAACAAGGCCCGCAGACUCGCCCCUGUCCCCACACCCCAGUCUGUUCCUCUCACUCCCGCCCAGUACUGGGAGGGCAGACGCGCCUUCAACCGGCACCGCUCCCAGCACGCCUGGUUCCAACGGCUCUGGCUUGUCUCCAGUCGAUUCAUGUGGAUCCACGAGCUCCACCGCGUCGUCUCCCUCGUAACCCACUCCCGCAACCAUCCUGCCAUCCUCACUCAUUCCCCCGCCGAGAAGAUCACCUUCCCCGUUGAACCUAAGAAAACCACCCCUCCCGAGCCCGAUAAACUAUUUCCCCCUCAUGCUCAGCACCACACUGAUGCCAGACCUACAUAA